AUGGAUACGAAAGAACCCAUGUACGGUAUACUAUCGCCCGAUAUUAUGCUUGAGGGUCUUCUACCCGGCUACAGCUUUCUGGCUCGACUUUUUUCGUUCUAUCUGCACACGGAUACCUCGGUCUUUCUUCUUGCUUUUAUAGCUUCCUUCGUGAUUUUCACAUAUGCUGUUCCGGUGCUUUUGACCCGCCUGUAUUCCGUUCUUCUCGAUUUGGCAGCAUCUGUUGAGAUCCGAUAUCACGAUACCAUAUACAACGACGUGAUGCAAUGGGCGUCUCAAGUACCUGGGUUAAGGGACGCGCGGAAAUCGAUCGCCGGUACCAAGAAUAAUUUCGUCUCUCCGUGGGAGAAGGACGAGCCAAAAACUGGCUGGCAGGAGCUUUCUAUGGAAGAACUUCAGCAGUUUGACGACGACCCACGAGAUUUCUGGGUCAAAAUUAGACAACUCAAGAGAUAUUUGCCUAUUCGAUACACACCUGCACCUGCUGGCUUUCACUUCUUCUUUCAUCGAGGGUAUCUUCUCGGUUUCCGUCGUCAGCCAUACAAGGAUGCCGGCAGCCCUUGGACUGAUCAUCGCGAGAAACUAUAUCUCUACGCGUGGCGUCAGUCCGUUCUCAGAGAUCUGUUGGAUGAGAUACAGGGAAUUGCUGAGAAAAGGAACGACGAUCUUAUACGCGUUAACCAAGCAUUAAAGGAUGGAAUGGUUCCUCAGUGGGCCGGGCUACCAUCCAAAAGACCACGACCUCUCUCGACUGUUAUUGUCGAACCCGAUAUCAAGCGCGCAAUUAUCGCCGAUUUGACUGACUUCCUCCAACCGCGCACUCGUUCCUGGUAUCACGAACGUGGUAUUCCAUACCGACGGGGGUAUCUCUUCCAAGGCCCGCCUGGUACCGGUAAAUCGAGUCUUUGCCUUGCUAUUGCGGGUUUGUUAAGUCUCCAAAUAUUCACAGUCAGUCUGAAUUCGAAGACCGUCGAUGGAGACAGUCUCAGUCGCUUGUUUCUAUCCCUUCCUGAUAGAUGUAUUGUGCUUCUCGAGGAUGUGGAUCAAGCUGGCAUCGCAAAUCGCGAUCUUGACGAAACCCGCCCUUUGACUGACGUUACGUCAGAAAGUCCGGACUGUGGAGAGAACAUUGAUACUCCUGAAACCUCUAAGCGCUUUUAUGGUGGUGUGACCCUCUCCGAUAUUCUGAAUAUCAUCGAUGGCGUAUCUGCUCAAGAGGGUCGCAUUUUGAUCAUGACCACGAACGAUCCAGACAGUAUUGAUAAAGCUCUUCGGCGCCCUGGCCGUGUGGACCGAAUCUUUUCCUUUGGAUUAGCAACUGAGAGGGAUAUCAAAGAACAAUUCCUGACCUUUUUUGUGAAGCCUUCUAAUCAAUCCUUCAUUGUCGAGCCUCAAACCUUGAAUGUGAACUGUGCGUUAGAGUCGGCGUCGCCAGAAUGGUCACUCGAUGAGAUCAUUCACUUGUCGGACUCCUUUGCUAACAAGGUUGAGUCGAAUAAAUACGCUGCUGCACUGAUUCAAAACUAUCUUCUGUGCUACAGGAAAGACCCUGUGUCUGCAGCACGCAAUGUGACGCUCUGGACCAGCCUAUGGCACAAAUCUGUUCUUCAGAAGCUUAGACCUGUCCUACCUUUCGUUUGGUGCCGGAAGAUUUUCGAUGCCAACAUUCUGCCUUGGUGGACCUUUGGAAGAUUUCGUAAUAUGCUCCAACAACAACUGAUAUUCAUCGCAUACUCUCAAGCUCUUUCUAAAUGCGGUCUAUCGCCCCAGCGCCUUCGUCCAUUAUCGCUACAUCUUCCUUCGGGCCCAAGGUCUCAGCAGCCCGGGUCCGCAAGGCGUCGGCAGCAUGCGGCGAGUGCAAGCGACACAAGACAAAGAGGUCCGAAUCUGCCGAAACUGUCAAUUCUCCUCAGAUAUCAACACAAGCCAACAGAAUUAUUGUGGACUUAUCGGUGCUAUGAUGGGUUUCACCGCGAGCUGCUCCUGCUGAAAUAUCCUUUGGGCCAGCAACUUGAUUCUGCUAUUUAUGGAUAUUGGUUGGCUGGCGCUACUUCGAACAUUAUUCCCCCAACAAAUAAAGACUUGAAAGUGGUUUUCUACAAAUGCAAGGAGCGAGAGCGGAUUAAAUCCGUAGCUUACUGGUCAGUUCAUAAGGAUAUUGAUGGUCGACCGGUGCUGCAAUUCGGAAAUAGUUUCCGCCCUGGAGCGUCAGAGUUCAGCUAUUCAAUACCCAAACUGAUUAUGGACAAUAAAAGUAGUCCAUAUACUCAAGAGGAGCAGUUUUCCGAAAGAGAACAGAGAAUCUUGGCCAAGUACAAAAGCCAGAUAUCGGGGGAUUUGCGUCGAUAUAAGUCUAGAGAACGAACAUACUUUGACUCUGGAGAUCUUGCUCUCUCUGAAGCCAACAGAGUAACUGAUGAAGGAACUUUGCAGACCGGCACCGCUCAUCCUUCACGGCAAACUAUUUCUCGUCCCCAUGCCCCGGUACCCGAAGGAAGCAAUGUGGAUAAUCGUGCGAAUGAGGAAGUGCUUCGCAGAUCUAUUCGGAUGGCUAGUUAA